AUGGAUUACGCACAUAUCGCAGAGCUCAGUCCAGAGCUGGCCGCGAUCGAAUCGAAGCAGUUCCGAGCGACCGUCACGUUAAUAUGGCCCUACUCGUCGUCGACGCGACAAUUUGCCCUGCUGCUCGCUGAGCCCGAACUCCGGCUACGGCGCAAGAACGGACAAGUCAGGGCGCGCUUUUCUGGCGCCAGCGCGAAAGCUAUUGCGACAGCAGGCGUGGGUAUUGGCGAUGAGGUGGUCUUGAGCCUACGAGGCGCUGAGUUUGUUAAGGAAGGCGCCGUCAGCACACCAGGCAAGAGCAUUGAGUGGGAGCUAUCAUAUACACAGACAGUAGUCAUUCGCGUCUAUCGAAAUGGUAGCGAAACAGCAAAUCUCGAACUCAUCGAUGCCGCGCCCACGCCCGCGCCCGGAUCGCCUGUCCGCCCAGCAGCCCCGACGCCUGCGCGCGAAUUCUCCUCCCCUGCUUUCUUCAAGCGGGCGCGCUUAUCCGACGGACCCUCCUUCCCAGCACCCUACGAUCCCUUGGCGGACGAGACGGAAGACGGCCAUGACCGAAAGCGACCUAGGAAGUCAUACGGGGACUGGAAGGCGUGGACAUACAGCGCAAGGACACCGUCGCCGGAGAAAGAGGACGUGGAUAUGAACGAAGAGCUCGAUUCUGUUGAAGCGUCGCCUAGCCGUGCAGGGCGGCUUCCACGCACCCCCGUUUCGCCUCAACGACCAGCCGGGCCCUUGCAAGAACCAAUGGUUGACAUAGAGGCGGUCACAGGAAAUGAUAAGAUAACUUCGACUCAUGAAGCAAGCUCCUCAGAAGUCGUAGAAUCACAUGUGGAAACCGAACCUGUGCCCGCCGCUGGGGCUGACAACCACGCCAACAACGAGCUUACGAUUGCUAUGCCUCCUCCCGCCUUCCCAUCAGUCGCCGCAGGCUUGAUGACGCCCAUCGGUCGAGAGCCUGAAAGUCCAACACUUGCGCCACAAGACGCCUCCAAUCUUCCAUUGCCGUCACCGUUUCCAGGAGAGCAUGAUGCUGAUGCUGCGUCUUACUUUGGCGUUGCUACUACUAUCGAACAGUCGGUCGAAGCCGAUGCUACGGGAGACAAGGAAGAAGAUCCACCAAGUGAAGCGAGCUACAUCGGCGAGACGUCCUUCUUCAGCUCAAUAGGCUCAUCGAGAGCUUCGGUGUUCCACCCAAACCACGAGUCGGCCUUCACACCUGUACGAUUCACAUUCGGCAUGGACGGUGCUGGCUAUUCUCGCCCCAUGGAGCUAUCGUCGCCUCCGCCAGAAGCUCAACCACUCGAGGUGAAAGCUGAGAACAUCGACGUUUCAACCUCGCCCGCCCCUCGCGAACACGACGAUGGCGAUUCGGAAGCAGAAGGUAUAUCUCAGUCACGCCUGAGCACUCCCCAGAGCGAUGAAACAGAUGAGGCCGUUGAAGAUUUGACUACCGCAAAUCCAGAGAUGGUUGAAGACGAAACGGCCGAGCCAGAAGUCGUAGAACUCUCCUCGGAGGACGAAGAAGAAGCCUUGAGUGAGAUGGAGCCGGAAUCCAUGGCAGUCGAAUCUAUGAUGCAGCCUAACACUGCUCAACAGCCUGAAGAAGGCUCCAAUGUCUCGGAUGACAUGCAAUCUGUGACCGGAAGCCUAGAAGACAUCCGUGGCCAAGCACUGGAUACAGGCACACAACAUUCCACAGCUACGUCAGCUAUCGUCGACUUAGGCUCCCCUUCAGACGAUAACAGCGAGAUCGACAGCAGGCAUGAAGAGCAGCAGCCUAGCUCUAGCCGAAGACAGUCUCCUUCUCAGGACCAGCCCUCUGCCAUGGAUCUUGGUAAUCAUAGUGAGUUUGUAAACCUGGAUUUUGCGACCGCGGACGCACAUGCUCUUGAUACAUCAGAGGAGCGAACAAUUACUCACACUAAAUCUCAGGAACCGGAGCCUGACGUUGUACUACGCCCCACGGAGGACCCGUUUUCACCUGUCGGCGAUCUGCCAGAAUCAAUCUUGGAGGCUACUGAUGACUACUUGCAAGACGCAUUUCCGAUGGAGCACGCAUCAUUCGGACAGGAACAUGAGCAGAUAGCUGCUUUUGAAGAUGACCGCCAAUCAGAAUCAGAUGUCCAUAUGGAAACAAUAGAAGAGGCCGCCGCAUUUCAGGCAGACGAAUCCAAUAACCUGUUAGCGCCUGUCGAUACCGUCCACACAGCUAAUGAGCCUGUGAGCCAACAUUCUGAGAUCGGACCUGAGGAUGCCCACAAGAUCGAAAGCAUGAGUAUUGUGCUUGAGCCGCCUGCAAAAAAUACCAGGUCGAAAGCGAAGGCAUCAGCGCCCCUGGAGAAAGAAGAUACUGCUGUCCCUGAAGCCAACAAACGAUCCAAAAGAUCUGUGACUUCGCGUGCCCGUUCAGCCGUUUCACCACCCAGAACACGCACUCAUUCUGCCCUCUCUCCUGCUCAGGAAUCCACACAGACUUCUCCUUAUAGUCUUCGCUCACAGUCGAGAUUGUCGCCAGUGGAAAGCUUGUCCACCGGUGCUAGCAUCGCUCGUCAAAGAGGCUCGCGUAGACAUGCUUCGCAAAGAAGUGUAGACUCUAUACCGGAUAUUGAAGUAUCCCAAACCCAGGAAUAUGACCGAAUCGUUUCCAGCUUCCAGCCGUCGCAGGAGUUGGGUGCCUCGCAAGGCAGAUAUUCUGAUGUGGCUUUCAUCAAAGACUCUGAAGAAGAGAGCGCACGCUCUGAGUAUUCGAUAUCUACUGUGCAUCCCUCAGACAUGGAGUACAUGCAUCACAGCGACCCUGUCGACCGUGCCAAUGCUUUUGAUGAUGAGAAUGAUGAAGGCUUGAAACCGCCGCCAGCAACUGCGCCAGAGUUAGGGCCUUCAAAGCAGAAGGUCAGAGGGAAGAAGAACGCGCAGCAAAGCGUGGAGAUGAGGAGUAGUAGUCCUGCUCAACCAAAAUCUCCGUACGUUACACAGCCAUUGGUCAGCAGUCCAGGUACGCAACGACAUGUAGCACAAUCAAAGGACACGAUAACUCCCAGCCCACGUAACGGACGAAGAACGAGGAGAAAAGUAUACGAUCUUUCAGGUGGAGGCAGCCAAGACGUCGGUGAUAUUGACGCGCUCAUGCGCAGCUCACCACCCGUUUCACCCAGAAUCGACCAACGGACGAGACAACAGGGCAAAAGGCCUAUCACCCCUGCUGCAAGCCAGCAGACUGCCAUGGAGUCGCAGCCCAGCAUCAACGCCCAACAUGAACAAAACACCCUUUUGACGCCUCAGCUCACGCAAACAACAUCUGCAGGCCUGCGCUCCACCCAAGCCGAGGCCGAAGUCGACAUGGAAGUCUUGACCGCAUCACCAGAGCCCAAAACAACACCGCGCCGCAAACACAGAUCGGUCGACGCAGCAACUAUUCCCGCAUCUCCAACCUUGAUCGAUCCAUCGUCCGACGACGCCAACACUGAGACGCCCGAGCCACCCUCUGUCGGCCUUUCCACCCCGCUAGCUUACUAUACUCCUCUAAAGGACCUCGUCUACUUCCUCAAUCGCUCCUCCGACUUCCACUCGGCCACCAAACCCGACAUACUUGCCCUGGUCACCUCUCCUACUACGCCAAGCGAAAAGGCCAAGAAGGGUCCAAAACACUGGUUCACCAGUCUGCAGAUAACGGAUGCUAGCUCCUGGCCCGAGACGACAACGGUACAGAUCUUCCGCGCUUACCAGAACGCACUUCCAGAGGCGCAGGUCGGCGAUGUGGUCUUACUCCGCGCAUUUGCCGUGAAGUCGUUGAACCGGCAUCCCAUGUUGAUAAGCGCAGAUGAGAGUGCGUGGUGUGUAUGGCGAUGGGGCAAACCUGUCUGGGGGGCUAAGAGGGGUGCAUUUGGUGAAUUGAGGGCAAGAGAGGAGAUCAAAGGACCGGCUGUUGAGAAGGGUGCAGGGGAGUGGCGCGAAGUGGAGAAGUUGAGGGAUUGGUAUACCACGAAGGUAGGUACUGAGCUGGCGGAGAAAGAGGAGGCGAGGGUUCGGACUAGGAGUAAAGACAAGGGGAAGGAGCCGGCGGAUGUAGAUGCAUGA